AUGAAACAUCAAAUGAGAAAUGCGAACUUUCCAAGAACGGAUGAUGGCCGGGUUUAUUAUAUUGGUCUGAAACGUGGAGAAGUCGCAAAUAGAAUAUUAGUGGUGGAAGAUCCUGAAAGUGCACGAAAAAUGGCAGAACUCUUAGAUCGAACUCCAAAACCUUUUGUUUUCGAAUCCAAUAAAGGGUUCCUUACAAUAACUGGUCGAUAUAAGAAUGUUCCUGUUAGCAUUGUUUCUAUCAUUAUGGGUUCUGUGAUGAUGGACUUUUUUAUUCGUGAAGUUCGUCAAAUAAUAACAGGAGAAAUAAUAAUAAUUCGUUUUGGCUCCUGUGGUUCAAUAGGUACUCCUACGAUAGGUAAUAUACUCGUACCGUACGGUGCAUUCUCGGUGACCAGAAACUAUGACUAUUUCAUACAUGGUGUUGAUACAAAUGACGCAAUGCCAAUAGUUGAUUCACCUUAUUAUAUAUCUAAAGUUGCUUAUGCUGAUGAAGAAUUGAAUUAUUUGGUAUACGAUAACCAAGACCUAAUACCUUCAAUUUUUGAAAAAUAUGAUGAUGCUCAUAUUGUGGACAUGCAAUCUUUUAUGUUAUUCCAUUUGGCAAAUACUUGUCGAUACACAUCUUAUUCAAAAGAUCAUGAAAAAACACGUAAUAAUCGUCAUAGUGUAAUAAGUUCCCAGCAAUUUAAAAAUGGUAAAGAAGGUACUGGUGUAUUAUAUAAUUCAAUGAUGAAUAACUCUCAAACUUCUUUUCUUAAAUAUUCAACAUCUCGAAGUAAUUAUAGUGACUCUCACGCUAAUAUGACAAAUCCUAAUCAUCCUUAUAAAUUUGCUUCAAAUUCUUCUUCAACACAUUCUCUUCCUCAAAAAUCCAUAAAGCCCACUCUUUAUUACCAAAAUAAAAAUUCUUCUGUAAGUAAUUUCGUAAAACCAACUUCUCAUAUAUUUGCAAAAAAUAAAACUGGCAUAAAAACAUCAACAGCAAUGAUAGUAUUUUGCGAUAGAUCUACGAACAAUUUUAUAUCACCUGAUCUGGUGAAUUACUUAGAACCAAUAUGUGGAGAAGCUAUAUUUAAUACAUUAAUUAAAGUAGAGGUGGAUAAUGAGAUGAAUGGAGAAGAAUGUGUUUGGUACGCUUCUAAUGAAAAAGAAAAAUUUAGUUUUGCAAGAAUUAGAAGUAGUGAAAGAAAUGGGAAAAAAAAAGGAAGGUUUAGUAAUUUUGGUAAUUUUGGUAACUUGAGUAGUGGAAAAAUUGGUAAUUUGGCCGACACUUCGAGAAAAAGUACAGAUGUAAAAUAUAGUGAAGAAAUUAAAAUUAGCAAAGAGAAUUUGUAUUAUGAAGUUAAAAAUGAAUGUCGGGGUCCUACUUUUUACAAUAGUAAUAAUGAAAAAGUUGAUGAGAAGAGUAGGGGUAAACUUGCUAAAGCUGUUAAUAGAAUGUUGAGUAAAAAGAGAAAAAAAAAGGAUUUGGCUGAUGCAUAA